AUGGCAUUCGGUGAUUUGAAGCAAUUGCCUCAUUUGCUGAAACCGCUUACUUUAGGUCUCGCGAUAUUGCUAUUCAUUUUUGUGCUCGUUUCACACGCUGCAUGGUAUCCAGUUCUUAUCACAUGUAUUCUAUUGGUGUUCACUCUUGCCAUGAUGCUCUGUUUUUCUUUCGAUGUCACUUUUGUGCAAAGUCCCAUGUGGCCAAAAGUGGAAAUGGUGUACAGCUUGGUGUGGACAAUUCUUUCAUUGCUUGGCGGUUUGUUGAUGUUCAUUCAAGCAUUCAAUCAUGAUCCGUUUGGAGCCGUGAUUUGUGUGGGUCUUUUCGCAUUCCAAGCCAUUGUUUGGGCGUUCAACGCUUUUCAGAUGUGGAGAGGAGCUCCAAUGACAGGCGGAGAUGUAGGAGGAAAUCAGGCGACAGCUCAGCCACCAUUCCCCGGCACUGGUGUGAAUCCAGGAGUG